ACACCUCCAGGUUUUAUUUCAAAACUGCUCAGUUAUUUAUGACGCAAAUAAGGAAGCCUUGACAUUGUCUUGUUCUGUAUUUUAUGAACAUCCGAUGCUCUCUGAACUCAUUCGAUAACGUAAAUUGGCCUCCGUAAACAGUUUCUGAAGCUGACGUUUCAAGCGUCAGCCCUUCGUCAGCUUCUCUUAACAGACAGUCUCGAAAUGGGACAUCUCUAUGAUUGAGCACUUUCACAAGAUCCUAUCUGAAGUCUCUUUAAAGUCUCUUUUGUACAUUUCCGGCGUAUAGAGCGGACGUAAACACCUUGAAGAGUUUGUAUUUAAACAUUUCCUCUGAUCAUGAUUUCAGGCAUCUGCAAGCGGACAGCCGAAAGAAAAUCGCGGUAGCUUUUGAAUCUUACUUUCGUUUUGAUUAAAAAUGUCUCUGGCCGUCGUGCUAAUUUUACGGCGCAUUGAUUACAGUACCAUAUUUAAAAGUUUGUUUUGUCACUAUGUUUUGUCCAAUGGGUAGAUGAACAAGCUCCCUUUAGCGAUCAUCUUUCGAUAACACCUCUAAUGGCUGCCUACGAGAAUAGUUCUCGUCAGAUAGUUAUGAACAAUUUUCAGUUACGUGUCGUAAGGGUGUCUGUCUUCAAGGCGUUUCAAAAUAAAGAGGAAUCUGCGAGAGUAACAUUGGGAUAAGAAAUCUGCGUAGGGAGAACAGCUCAUUUUUAUCCUUAAAUGCCAUUUUGAUCAGUUUUAUAGUUCUCAAAAAGUGGAAAGAAACACUCCACUACUUUUCCUGUUUUCCCCUAAGCUUCUUUUGUGUCCUUCCCGUGUGCUUUGCAAAGUGUCAGAGCAUCCAGUCCAGCUCGUUUAUAUGUGAAUCACAUAACGUAUCACUGAGAAGUCUUUGCUUAGAGAGAGAGAGAGAGAGAGAGAGAGAGUUGAUUGUAACUAAAAUACUUGUGUAUUUUAUGUGCUGUACUUUCCCUCUCGAUGUUGUAGCACUAUGUUAGCUAUUCUACGUGGGAUAAUUUCGGGCUUGGCAGUAUUAAACGAGGAUCAACUCGAACUUUUUUAUUGUCGUCUUCUCCGCCUAGUGGGAUCAGAGCUUGAUGACGCACAGCGUGAAUUGUUCGAUAAUACACUGAACAAAUAAAAUAAUAAUUAUGGCAGAAAAUCAAUCGCGCUUUACUGAGACUGUUUACGGAGAAAGCGACAAUUGUGUUUAGUUACUGAUAACCGUGACCCAUAAAAAUGGAGACUGUCGUUAACAUCUUAUUUCAGCCAUUUCUUCCGAGCACCCUUGAAAAUACGCACUGGAUAUUUUUGUUAUGGAUUUGUCGUUUACAUGCAGACGGAUAACAAACAGGUGUUUAUAAUACGUUUGUGUUGUCAAUCCCUGUUUUCUAUUUUUUCUUCAAAUGAUUGGUAGUUGACGAUCCAAUCGUCGCGGUUUCCGCUCUCAGACCACGCAAAAUUUGUUCAGUUCACGUCGUCUUUUUGCAGUGGGCGGCUGGGAAAUAUGCAAAAUUAAAAAAAGACAGGCAUUGUUAUCUUUCUGUUCCGCCGCACUAAAUCUGUUGUUUCGACGCGUUCGCGUUGCUGUCCCAUCGUGAUUUGCCCGAGGCCUUUUAUGAACUCAAACCUCUCAAUCGGAGUUCAAUUGUUCAGUUGAACGCUUGCCAGGAGCCAAAAAGGUCACAAAGAUCUUGGUUCGAACUUGUUGAUUUCAAAAUCAUCCUGUUAGCCUACCUUAGCUUUUUUUUUUUAAGUGGGGGAGGGGUUGAGAAUGAGGAUGAGUAUUCUUGAGAAUUUGGGCGAAUGUUUUCUUUCGCGCUUAUAGUCAGGAUACGCAAGACAAUAAUAAGUUUCAAAGGAUGCAGACAGUUGCUAGCUGUGUCUUUGUAGCAUACUUCUAUCUAUUAAAAUUUAUCAGAACCUUCAAAAUGGGGCACGUAUGUAUACACACAUCCUAUGAAUCCACAACUUAUUACAUACUCUACCUUUUAGGCACAAUGCAAACUCCGAGGUUUAGGUGCAAACUUGUGAUUUCGUCUGGUGCUGCGGCUUCUUCUUUGUGUAGGAGACACAGGACACGUCACUGAAUGGUUCACUGGCCUUCGACACAAAUUGAGGUUUUGUGAGAAGCAGCACAUCGAAAGAGAAUAUACAAUAGCGUAUUAGCGCUUAUUUUAAAGCUUUGUAGGAAGUAAAGAAAGAGACAGGAAAUCUGAAUUGAAGUGAUUCAGAUACAGCAUAUAAAGAUCUGCAACCUUGAUAGAAGUGCACGUACUUAGCGGCGAAAGUGUCUCCCCGAGCCACAACCUUGUGAUUUUGCUUAGUACCUUGGUGAUGGAUGUUGCCUGUAUUCUGAAGCUUUUAAUCCUGUUUUUGUCUGGGACGGUGUUCAUAAGAGGCACCCAGGCCAGUGACCACGAACGAGCUUUGUUGAAGAAACUGUUUCACUCCAAUUAUGACAAGAAUGAAAGACCUGUUGUGAACGACUCAGAUACGGUGACUGUUGUAUUUGGGUUAACACUUAAUCAGAUUGUCGAUGUGGACGAAAAAAAUCAAAUUUUGACAACUAGUGCGUGGGUGAGACAGAUAUGGAAUAAUCCUCUGUUAGCAUGGAACAGUAGUGAGUUUGGUGGACUGACAACAAUUAAUGUCGCUCCAAAGAAUGUUUGGCUCCCUGAUCUUGUUCUGUAUGAAAAUGCUGACGAUGACAUUAGCUUUGGUGGCAACUUGGACCGUAUGAACUUCAGAGUUGUUCUCCAUUACUCAGGAAAAAACGUCUGGCUUUCUCCAGUCACCUUCAAGAGCAAAUGCCGCAUUGACAUCAAGUAUUUCCCAUUCGACACUCAGAAUUGUAAAAUGAAAUUCGGUUCUUGGACUUACGACGGCUUUCGGCUAGAUGUCAUGAACGAAAGUUACUCGGCUGACCUCGGGAAUUACAUCGAUAGCGCCGAAUGGAAGUUGGUCGGUGCUCCUGCCAAACGCAAUGUUGUAACGUACUUUUGUUGCGAGGAGCCUUUCCCGGAUGUGACGUACACGAUUAUUAUUCGACGACGUUCGUUGUUCUAUAUGAUGAACUUGAUAUUACCGCUGGUCAUAAUCACUGUGUUGAUAAAUGUGUCCUUCGUCCUCCCCGCAGAAUCAGGUGAACGUAUUUCGCUCACAAUAACCAUCCUUCUUGCCAUGACAGUUUUCAUGUUGGUAGUGGCGGAAACGAUUCCUCCGUCUUCCGAUGUAGUUCCACUCAUUGCCAAGUUUUACAUGGCUGGUAUGGUUGAAAUGGCUGUAGGCUUGGUUUGGACCUGUUAUAUUUUGAAAUACUACCAUUCGGAUGUCAUCGAGAUGCCAUCGUGGGUUCGGAAGUACGUUCUCGGCCAUCUGGGACACUUCUUCGGAAUCAGUAUGGAAAACCUUAAGCGCAUCCAGGAACACUCAAACCUUCGCAAAGAUACGGGUCGCAAGGCAACCAUUCAAACUGGUUUGGAAACAUCUGGUAGAAAGAUCACGAGCACACUCAUUGUGCAAAACGGUCAAAGCAAAAACCCUUAUGAUAGCCAUUAUAGGCGUAUUCCUUCAGCGACGAACGGUUUCUCGUCACCGAUGCUAAAUGCAUCAGAUAUCUCUUUAAACCAAAUAGACGGUUUCCAGGAUCCGGUUCUCCAAAUUGGGGAGAGAAUUCUUGAAAGAGUUGACACACUUGUGGAGAAUUCGGUUGUUGACGACAGGCUGAACAAUCAUAAGGAAGAAUGGCGUAUUGCUGCCAUGGUGAUGGAUAAGUUGUCCCUUUGGGUGUUUGGGACCUCGGUUCUUGUCACUGUGCUAGCGUGUUUCUUGCAGGCACCAGGUUACGUUGCAUGAUUCGUGUCGAAUAACAGAGAGAGCUGGUUCACAAAGAAAUGUCUUUGGAAUCAAACUUUGUGCCUUUCCCUUUUGUCUUUAUCUGUGCGAGGUGGUCCUUUCUCCCACGAGUGCAAUGAGGAUAUUGAAUUUUAAGACUUCAAGCUGUAACUGCGACUUGUGCAUGAAUAGGGCUGGAAGUGUAGAUGUAUUUUUGAUGAUUCUAGGAGUCCUUGCGUUUUGACUUGAGAAUUUCGUUGCUUAGCAGUAAAGUGAAUUGAACUGGGCUAUACGAAGGAGGUUGUACUCCACUAAAACGCUAGCGUGGCGUUAAUUAUAAAGUCACACACAUGUUACUUUCAGAAAUAACAUGUUACUAUUAGUGAAUCUAGAUAAGUGCCCCCUCUCAUCGGCAAAAUUGCAAAAAAGUAUCCCCCAUACUUGGGGAACCCGUGGUUUCAUACACGGUAAUCUCGUCGGCGGAAAUUGUCAAGUUAGUUACUAUUCCAUACUUUUCUUCAGUUUGUGUAAACGUUAGGUGAGGAAAAUAACCUCAGUUUCCAAAUUUCCGCCAUUGAAACGUCAGGAUCGGCUUUUUAUCUUGAUUGACAGUUUAUGUAGUUGAUUCUUCGCCGAUGUUUUAGUACAAAAAGCAAUUACAUCUUGCUACGAGUUAGAAAAAUUUGAAACGCGCCCUACCUGGGUUUAACGCUGCUUGUCUUAACCUAAAUUUUAAUUAAAUGAGAAUUUAGCGUACAUGUGCCUUUUUAUAAAACGAAGGGUUUUACUAUUUAUGAUGUGAUGGGUAUUAAAUUUUAAUACUGACCUUGUUGGGAAAUCUCAUCAGGUUUGCCUUUACAGAAAAGGCCAAGCGGUUGUACGACUGAAUAUUUAUCAUACGAUAAAGUUAUCAGGCUGCUCUCAUCGUUUCCUUUAUGUUGCUUCUUUAAAUGAAUUUGAUUUCGCCGUUUAUGGUAUAAAGAUAGCGGGGUCUAUGUUGACCUUCAUUGUUUCAGUUCUCACCUAUAACAGAUGAAAUAUAAUUUAGAGAAUUUUUAUAAAUUAAGUUAGUGUAGAUUUACACACAGCGUGAGUAUGAUUACGUGAAAAUGUGUGUUACUUAUGUAAAAUAAAUCUGUCGAAAGUUAUCCGGAA